ACUAUGGGCUGGGUUGACAAAAUUAACGUCUUUCGUGUUAUAGCAACUUUCUGUCAAUAAGUCUGUGAAGAGUUCGAUAACUGUAGAAAACUUUGUAAAUGUCAUAGAUAAGAUGGUCAGGCGUGACAAACGUUGGUUUUUGUGAAAUCAGAGGCAUGCAUACACGAAGAGGAUGACCCAAGCGGUCCAUACAAUAUUGGUGAGUUUUACGCCAUACAAUCCAUAAUCUAUAUUAAUAUAUUUAAGAGUUCCUAAUGCGACCAUACUCUCAGUAGCUUUCGGCUAAUCAUUGCUUAUAAUCGUGCCCUCAUAAUGGACAAGAUUUAACUUUUACUCUGAGACGCGGCUUAAUGGUUGAAGAGUCGCUCAGUGGGAGGGAUUAAGCAGGAAGCCUAGGUGGCGAGGAGAUCUGGAGCUCUGGAGCUCAGACACUGAACUGCAUCUCUGCACCCAGAGCACCUGAUGAGCAUCUUCUCAAGUUGGGCUGCAGACUUUCAGCGCACCUAUAACUUCGACCUGGCAACAUGCAUCGACUGGCUUGAUCGAAAUUGAUUGGGAUUAUUUUUUUUAUACCUGACGACGUUCAAAUCUUGGAAUAAUUUCUAAGCAGUUUCUUAUCAUAUUGUUGUGACUGCAUAACAUUGGAGAUGGUACUGUCGAUUUUCCGUUUCAAUUGUAUGCUUAUUCUCUGUCUGGCCGCAGUCUACAACUGCCAUGGUGCCGUUCAGAGCUGUAUGGACAAGCACCAGGUCGUGGGGGUUCUCCGUCAGAUGGAGAAGUUCCUGAAGGGCCAGGAGUUGAGGUUCACGGAGGGUCUGCGCAUCAUGAAGUCCAAGCUGGUGACCCUGCAGAACUCCGUGUCCAAGCUGCCCCAGGCGGACCAGUCUGCAGCCCCCACCACGUGCCCGACCUUGGAGGCUCCGGUCCACGGCAAGAAGUUCGGCUCCAAGUUCGUCGUGGGCCACGAGGUCCACUUCUCCUGUUCCCAUGGUUACCGCCUGGUGGGCCCUGGGACGCGCGUGUGCCAGGACAACGGCAGCUGGAGUGGCACCAGCACCCUCUGUAAAGAUUUGAGCGAAUGUGGGAGUAACCCCUGCCAGAACGGGGGUACCUGCGUGGAGGGGGUCAAGCAGUACAAGUGCACCUGCCCCGUGACCUGGAGUGGGUCUCAGUGCCAGCACCCCACCCAGACAGCCCCGCCUGAGUGGAGCGUCAUGAACGACCCGGCCUUCAGCCGACGGCCGCGCUGCGCCAAGGUGGACCAGGCCCAGCACUGCAGCUGCGACGCAGGCUUCCACAUGAGCGGCACCUCGGAUAACUCCAUCUGCCAGGACGUGAACGAGUGUGAGGUGUACCGACUGGACCAGGGCGGGAAGCUGUGCAUCCACGAGUGUGUGAACGUCCCCGGGUCCUACCACUGCGCCUGCCCCACCGGCUACAAGCUCCUCCUAGACGGACGGAGCUGCGAAGAUGUGGACGAGUGUCUGAGCCAGCAACACAACUGCAGCCGAGGGACCACGUGCAUCAACACUGGGGGGGCCUUCCAGUGUGUCAGCCCCGAGUGUCCCCCUGGCCAUGGCAACAUCAGCUACGUCAAGACCUCUCCCCUCCAAUGCGAGAGGAACCCCUGUCCCGUGACCAGCCGGCCCUGCCACAUGGCGCCCAAGACGGUGUCCUUCCACUACCUGUCCCUGCCCUCCAACCUGAAGACCCCCGCCACGCUGUUCCGCAUGGCCACCGCCAGCGCCCCCGGCCGCGCGGGCCCCGACAGCCUGCGCUUCGGCAUCGUCGGGGGCAACGCCCGCGGCACCUUCGUCAUGCAGCGGUCGGACCGGCAGACGGGCGAGCUGCUCCUGGUGCAGCAGCUGCGCGGGCCGCUGGACCUCAGCGUGGACGUGGACAUGUCCGAGUACAGCGAGCGCACCUUCCAGGCCAAGCACGUGGCCAAGGUGCACGUGCUGGUGUCCCCGUACAGCUUCUGAACGGGUGGGUGGGUCAGCGGGCCCCCCCCCCCCCCCCCCCCCCCCCCCCCGGGAGAGGGCGAGGACUUGAGAGGGGAUGGGGGUGGACGAAAACAACAAAAACAAAAGUUUGAUAAAUAUAUUAUAGAAGUAAAAGAAAGAGUAUGGAACCGGCGGUCUGUGGAGGCUGAUCGGGUAGUUGGCCGUGACGUUGCUUCAGUUAUCAGUUACCUAAGCUGUUUUGUUCGAGUGUCACGCGUUAUUGCUUGGGGGGCUUGGGGGAAGGGUGUCCGGUACUGAAAGAGAGAGCGCUGUGCCGUAGCGGAUUUAUUUUGUGGAUUAAUGUGAGAGAGGUGGAUUGAGUGGUUCAGAGGGAGAAGGUUGAUUAUGUAUUUUUUGUUGUUGAAGAUUCUCGUUUUUGUGUUUGUUUUGGGCCCAUCUUAGGUUAUUUUUGCGUAGUUUAGCAUUCGCCCCAUUUAAUGCACUACCCUAGUUUCUACGCCAAACUGUCACAAAUCCCUAUUCGACAUUAUAACCGUAGUAAUUAUUAUUUAUUGGAAAUAUUAUUGCUGGUUUUGUCAAUUUAAAUAUAUGCAUCGGUUGUAUCUUCUUUCUCACUGUAUGUCAUUCAUAUUUGUUCUUUUUUUUUACCGGUUGGCUUUCUCAAAGAAGUCAUUUGUGUUACCAGUCUGGAACAUUGGAGCACUUAUGUACACGGUCAUGUUUUGCUAUGUUUUUAUAUACCGUAAGUUAUCAAGACUUUGUGUGAUCACACCGUUAUCUAACCUUGAUUUGACCGAGCACAACAGAAUAUAGCUGGUAUUUUAAUGACUCCCUAUAACAAUUUCUCCUGAACUAAAAAUAAAGCUGGCCAGAGGCUUCAGUCCUUGUUUAUUAAAACUGCCUGACUUGAUGUUCAACAGUAUGUUUCUAAAUUACUCCCAAGAUUUGCUGCGACUUUCCUUCUAAAUCCAUUACAUAUGCCUUUUUAAGAAUAACCAGCGUUGGGAUGGCUAUCGCAGCCUUGCCUAGCCAAUCACAGAUUCUAAAUAAACACUGCUUGGCUUUAUGGGAAGCAUGGCUUUCCCAAUGUAUGAAGACAGGAAUGUUGGUCCUGAAUUAAACAUUCCCCAGUCAAAGCCACACUCAUUGACGGUUUGAGAAAUGAAAGGAAAACCUCACUGUGUUUUUUUAUGCAGAUGAUAAUACCCAUCAUAAUAUGAAAAGCACAUUUGUCUGUUUUUUUGCUUCGCUAAUGUAUUUUUGGGAGAAAGAGAAUAUGUUAAUGUUCCCCACAUGUGGCCUAGUCAUCUUUCCCUUCCUCUUCUAUCUUCAUCCUCCUCAUCCCCUCCUAUCUUCAUACACAACACAAUGUGUGUAAAGUGUCUGUGCUAAAGAUGUUUGUUGCACAGUUGGUCCCAAGAGAUCUGAGUCCAGCAGGAGAUGAUAAUAACUUGGACAACGCCACAUACAAGUCAUAGGUAGAGUUUAUGGUAGGGAAGCUAAGGACAUGUCCACUUUAGUUUGCACCACUGUGUCGGGUUAAUUGUCCCCACCCUGUUGUCCCCGUUAUUGCAAUCCAGCGGAACAUUUAUUUAUGGAGACAUUCAGUUCAAAUGAACAAAACAAUCUCUGACAGGUCUGCCAAAUCAGCAAGCUUAACCGACAUCUGACCUGCAAAUACAAACAACUUACUUCCUCAGAAAUUCUUCUUGCGCCCUUCUCGGUCUGUCCUGACCCUUUGUCUUUCUGUCCUGAACGUCUGUCUGUCUGGCAGCUUGCCCGUAGCAGUUCGGUUUGAGUCAAAAGGAAGAGAGUGCUACCUUUGCUUUUAUAAUAUAUUCAAUAUAUUUGUCAGCCAACACUUCUCUUUCCUUUAGGAAGUGUUCACUGACAUUCUAAUAAAUG